GCUCGUUUGCUUGUUUGCUUGUUCGGCCUUUUACCGAUUUCGAGUGACACACGCUUAAAGGGAUACGUUAAUCAUAGGAAAAAAAGUACGAUCGUAGUAACAAGUGUGGGGAACAGUAGUGGAAGAUCUGUUGGAUAGGAGGACGAUAGAGGAAUAAGUCGAUGAGGAGGAGGAGGAGGAGGAAAAGAGGAAGUAACGCAAUGGAGAACAGCGAGAAAGUGCGUACUGUUGAGAACGCUGAUGGCGAAGCACCAUCGUCUAGCGAUAAUUCUGAUAGAGAAGAAACUUCUACGAGUUCUGAAAAAGAACAACGCGUUUCACCUUCGGAAGAGGAUCCUUCUGUUGAAACUACCACAGAUGAAAAUCGUGCUUCGACCUCAACAGAAGAGUCGACUGCAACGUCCGAGGAUGAUUACGGCUGUGAACAUUAUAAACGGAAAUCGAAGUUCGUGACACCUUGCUGUAAUAAGGUUUAUACAUGCCGGUUUUGUCACGACGAACAAGAAACUCAUACUGUUAAUAGGAAGGAAGUAACGGAGUUAAUAUGUGUUCUUUGCGAUACUCGUCAGCCUGUACAAGCUACAUGUCAAAAGUGUCAUUGUCAUUUCGGAAAGUAUACCUGUUUAGAAUGCAAUUUAUUCGACGAUGAAGACAAGAAUCAAUAUCAUUGCGACGGCUGUGGAAUAUGCAGAGUUGGUGGGCGAGAUAGGUUCUUUCAUUGUGCCAAGUGCAACAUGUGUCUACCAAUUCAGCUACAAAAUGGUCAUACAUGCGUGGAAAAUGUGUCGCAUGCAAACUGUCCCGUUUGUCUAGAAGAUAUUCACACAAGUCGUAUCCCUUGUCAUAUCCCAGGUUGCGGACACUUGCUUCAUCGGACUUGUUUUGAGGAAUUGUUACAUUACGGUCAUUAUGCUUGUCCUACGUGUCAGGUAUCUCUUUUAGACAUGACAGACUUAUGGAGAUUUUUGGAUAUGGAAGUAUCUUUAACACCAAUGCCAGAAGAAUACAGAGAUUAUAAGGCAGAUAUUUUAUGUAAAGAUUGUCAUGAGGAAUCUACUGUGAAAUAUCAUGUUGUUGGACUAAAGUGUUUAAAUUGCGGCAGUUAUAAUACCUGUAGAGUCAAGGGAUCUCCAUCACCAGAUGAUAAUGCUUUGGACGAGGCAGCUGGUGGUAGUAGUACGGAUAACGUCGAGCAGUCUCAGAGAUAGAGUUUUAAGUAUUAAAAGAUAAAUUUAUUAAUUUGCAAUAGAAUGCAGAACAGGUUUAAUGAGGUAACUUUGGAGCGCCAUUUGGAGCAAUGUUUCCUCAAAGCAGCAUUCCUUAAUAUAUUCCAUUUUCUUGUUGUUUAACGAUAUUUUGAGAUUAUUAUUUCCAAUUUAAAAUUUAAAAUAGAUAAUGACCAUUAAAAGUCACACAAUAUGUUCGCUGUUCAUUUGAGCAUGUGUUAAAAUUUAGAACAUAAUAGGUACACUAAUUAGUUCGUUUUAAGAUCGUAUUCAAAUACAUCAAUAUUGCUGAAAUAAGCUUUACUGGUCAAGCCUUAAUAGAAGCUUAUAUCAAGGAGCUAAGGAAAAACUAAAUGCCGAUAUUUACUUCUUCCUACUUGCUCUGCAAUAUUAAUAAUCUAUAUUUAUAUUCAUCAAAGAGGCAAGGUACAAAUUAUGAUCAUAGUCCGGGUAAAGUCAAAAGAAAUAUACCGGCAUAUGCUCCAGUAUUAUGUAUUUGAAACUGGUACGCAUUAUUAAUCACGAUAAUUAUUUGUGGCUUGUUACUUUUAAAUUGCAUAUAUGUUAGACUGGAGGUAAUAUGACAGAUCUUGUUAUUUUUAAGUUGGAUGUAUAUUAGACCGAAGGUAAUAUAUAAAUUGUUUUUGUAAUAUUGUUCCUAGGUAGCAGAAUUAUCAGUAAUAUAACUCGUAAGCCAUUAUUGAUUCUAUAAAUUGAUGAACUCACGUGACUGGCACUAAGAACAGCUAAUAUGGAUUAAGCUACUACUAAGAAAUCUUUCAUUACGUGCAAAUAUUGCAACAAUGAUUUGACGUUUUCUUAAGCGUUCUUUUUAAGAUAGAAUUUAUAAUAUACUCUCUUGAUUUGCAGUAAUAAAGAAAUUUUUCGAAACGUUCUUCAUGGAAUGGAAUAAAAUUAGUAAAAUAAUAAAUUUCUUUCAUUAACUUUUUCAUCUCAACGUAGAAUCUUCUUUUGGAUCUUGUAUCGUGCAUUUACUUAUUUGUUAUAAAACUCGUUCACAGUGCUUGGAGUAAACAUUUUGUAUGCUUGAAUAUAUAAGUAAGAUUAAUAAUUGAAGUAAUAGAACAAUAUCGUCUAUCGAACGCUCCAAAAUUGCGUAAUAAGUGCUAAGAUAGAGUGGUAGCUGAUUAUCAGAAACUGAUAUAGUAUUUUAUGAUUUGAUGGAAAUCCAUUAUUUUAAUUUGUUUACGUUAUGUGUUUUUAUGAAAAUAACGAAUAUUUUAUUAUAUAUAUAUAUAUAUAUAUAUACAUAUAUAUAUAUAUGUGUAUACCGGACGUAUUAGUUUCUGUUAUCCGCUCGUUGGUACAAACCUGUGCAAUUAUACCUCUAUAUCAGAGAUGUCAAACUCUGUAUCCAUAUGAGAGUACAUAACGAUUCAUUGAAAAUUAAUUAAUUAUCUUCAUCCAAAAAAUUUUCAUCUCAAUCAAGAACAUUUUGUGCUCAUGCGGACAUAGUUUGACAUCACUGUCUUAUUCGUAUCUAGUAAAAUUAUAUAUAUAUAUAUAUAUAUAUAUAUAUAUAUAUAUAUAUAUGUGUAUAUUUCAAUGUAGCACACCCAUAGAAUAUCCUACGGCAUAUUUGUAGAUCAGGUACACUUUAGUCAUAUUAUAUCAGUCAGCAAAAAUUACGUGGUGGCUCACGCGUGUCAUUCUUCUUCUUUGACGCACUUGUAUCAAACACUUUCAGAAUACUUGUACUAACAAUUAAAUAUCUUCAAAUUAUAGGGCAUAUUAAAUAUCACGAAAUUUCAAUUUAACAAGAUAGUAUACUCGUAUUGCCGUUAGUCGAAUAUAUAUAUAUAUAUAUAGAUUGUUCCUCGAGAUACCAUUUAAUUUUGAACCUAUUAGACACGAUACAAAACAAACUUCUUUUGUUUAUAUCGUUUAUCCAUUACAAUUCAUUCCGAGGCAUGCCGUAAAGAAGAUAAUAUGUGGCACAUUGUUAAUUUUUAAUUUCGAUGUAGCAUGUUUCACAUCUAUUAUGGCACCUUCCCACAAAGCUUCUCUUUGUGGUACUUUUUCAGCCAAAGUAAAACACACAGAUUUUGUGUAACUAUCGUUAUGUUUUUAUUAUUCAGUUGUAAAUUAAAUACCAGUUACAAAGGCUCUUUGUACAUAACGGCCGCAAUAUAAUGCUUUUGUUUUAUAUUAUAUAUAAUAUAGUAUUAUAUCAAAUAAAAAUCGAUUAUCAUUCGCUUUUACCCCAUUCAAGAGAAAAAAAGAGAUAUCUUUACGCCGUACUUCUUUUCUUUUUUCUUUUUUUUUUUAUUUUUUGCUUUUAAAAAAUUAAGAUUUCUUCGCCGAGAAAAAUGCUGCUCCGUUGAUAAUUACAGAGAAAAAGAGAGUAAGGGUUUAUUUUUGGUUGUUGAGUAAACAUAACGGCGAUAAUAAUAUUUACGUUCAUCGGAAAAAAAAAAAAAAAAGCAAAAUAGGAACCGAAAAAUUCUUUUGCGCACAAUUUUCUCCCUCUUAAAAGUCUCCGUUAUAUUUAAGAAAAAAUAAUGACAACCAAAAAUAAAUCCUAUAAAAGUAAUUGCAUCAUCUUUCGUUUGUUUUCUUGUAAUUUUUGUACUUCUUUUUACGUUCGAUUAUUUGUUUUUUUUUUUUUUUUAUUAUUAUUAUUACUUUUUUUUUUUAAUCAAAACAACAUUAUCACACUGUAACAACUUUUCGUUUCUUUUUUUUUUUUUUUCUUCUACGGAAGCAAGGAUCAUCCUGUUUCAUUUUCUCUUUUCGCUCUAUCUUACGUAUCUUCAUUUUCUUAAAAUGCAAUAAAAAAUAAAAGCGUCGGCAAAGCGUGAACCCUUAUCUCCUCUUGAUUCGACUUUCCCACCUUAAUUAUUAUUUUCCUUCUUUAAUCGACAUACUCGACAAUUAUGGCAGAAUUCCUUAAACGGAAGUGCCUAAUUAGAUUAACUCCGACUAGUUUAACGAAAUGGAUUUUUUUUCUGUUUGUUCGUUUACUUAUUUGUUUUUAUGUUUUUUGUUUUUUUUUUGUGUGUUUUUUUUUUUCUUAAUCUUGCUUUUGUACCACAAAUUAAAAUUAAUUUCCCUGUGCUCCUUGUCCUCUCAAAUUUCCAAUCCUGCAAUGGUUCAUUAUCCCCAUGAAGGUGACUCAUUGGAAAAUUUAAAAAUUCAGCGAUCGAGGACGUAAAGGUAGAAAGCCGUGAUUACUAAGGAAUCUACGUGCCGCACGUGUCAUUUCUAAUUGAUCACGCGUACGUCCACAAGCAACCGUGGCCCACUGCGUUUCCAAAUGGAGCUGUAAAAAUCAAUACAAUAUACUAUUAAUAUAAUAUUAAUAUACCAUUGAUAGUAUAUAUUAAUAAUUAUAUACCAAUGAAUUGGUACAUACCAAUAAUUGAUAUAACACAAUAUUAAUAUACUAUUAAAAUGUAUAAUAUUUCUUUUUUAUUCGGAGUGUAUAAGUAUUUUUCAAUAUCAAGAACAGGAAAGGAAUAAUGAAAAAAUGAAAAAAUACAAACACGUCAAUAGUAUUCAGUUGCACAGCGAUAUCAGAACAUUGUCAUAUCCAAUAAGAUUGUAUUUGUUUUAAUGUACUUUCACUUGGAUCGAAAAAUAUGCAUGUUAAAAAUAAAUAAAGAAAAAAACAUUUCUUAUCGUUA